AUGAUUGAUUGUGAAGUCGCAACUGGAUGUAACAAAGGAAGCCGAGUUCUAAUACCAAAAAUUACAAUGACAUCGUCUGAUACAUUUUUACCUUUUAAAUUACGUAGACAUCAAUUUCCUAUUCGACUCUCAUUUGCUAUGACAAUUAAAAAAUCACAAGGACAGACAUUUCAACAAUUAGGACUACUUCUACCACAACCAGUUUUCAGCCAUGGGCAACCAUACGUUGCUUUUUCCAGAUUCGCUCUCUAA